UGUGGGGAGCUCCAGUGUAGAAGUAACGUAGCGUACGCAAAUACAAUCCUAGGAGAAACUCAUGAAGAAGAAGAUGAGAUCCUUCCACGCAAAGACUAUGAGAGCUUGGAUUAUGAUCGUUGCAUUAAUGACCCAUACCUGGAAGUUUUGGAGAGCAUGGACAACAAAAAAGCCCGGAGAUAUGAAGCAGUGAAGUGGGUGAUGGUUUUUGCCAUUGGAGUCUGCACGGGACUGGUGGGCCUCUUUGUGGAUUUUUUUGUACGGUUCUUUACCCAGCUCAAGUUUCGAGUAGUACAAAACUCGGUGGAAGAAUGCACUGAGAAAGGAUGUCUUGCCCUGUCCCUCCUGGAGCUGCUGGGGUUCAACCUGACCUUUGUCUUUCUUGCCAGUCUUCUAGUCCUGAUCCAGCCUGUGGCAGCCGGAUCAGGAAUUCCUGAGAUUAAGUGCUACUUGAAUGGAGUAAAGGUUCCAGGGGUUGUGCGUCUCCGGACCGUGGUGUGCAAAGCUAUAGGAGUGCUCUUCAGUGUGGCAGGAGGUCUUUUUGUCGGGAAGGAGGGUCCAAUGAUCCACAGUGGUGCUGUCGUGGGUGCGGGUUUGCCACAGUUUCAGAGCAUCUCUUUGAGGAAGAUCCAGUUUAACUUUCCCUAUUUCCGCAGUGACAGAGACAAAAGGGACUUUGUGUCUGCUGGAGCUGCUGCAGGGGUUGCAGCUGCCUUUGGGGCCCCAAUUGGGGGUACUCUUUUCAGCUUGGAAGAAGGCUCCUCCUUCUGGAACCAGGGGCUUACAUGGAAAGUGCUUUUCUGUUCCAUGGCCGCCACCUUCACCCUGAAUUUCUUCCGCUCUGGGAUUCAAUUUGGAAGUUGGGGGUCUUUCCAGCUCCCUGGGCUGCUGAACUUUGGGGAAUUUAAAUGCUCUGAGUCUGAUAAAAAAUGCCACCUCUGGACAGCUGUGGACUUGGGCUUCUUCAUUCUGAUGGGGAUUGUAGGAGGUCUUCUUGGAGCCACCUUCAAUUGCCUGAACAAGAGACUCGCAAAGUACCGUAUGCGGAACGUUCAUCCCAAGCCAAAGCUGGUCAGAGUCUUGGAGAGCCUGCUGGUGUCACUGACUACUACGGUCGUGGUCUUUGUAGCCUCCAUGGUGCUGGGGGAAUGCCGGCAGAUGUCUUCCACCGCUCAUAGUGGCAAUGGUACUCUGAGCUUGCAGAGUAUGUCAGAGGAUGUGAAUUCAAGCAUCAAAACUUUUUUCUGCCCGAAUGAAACCUAUAAUGACAUGGCAACGCUCUUCUUCAACCCCCAGGAGUCAGCUAUCCUGCAGCUCUUCCACCAGGAUGGUACUUUCAGCCCAGUCACACUCUCCUUGUUCUUCCUUCUCUAUUUCUUACUCUCCUGCUGGACAUAUGGGAUCUCUGUGCCCAGUGGUCUUUUUGUGCCAUCACUGCUUUGUGGGGCUGCCUUCGGACGCCUGGUCGCCAACCUCCUCAAAAGCUAUAUUGGCUUGGAUCACAUCUACUCGGGAACCUUUGCACUGAUUGGGGCAGCAGCAUUCCUGGGAGGAGUGGUCCGCAUGACGAUUAGCUUGACUGUCAUCCUGAUCGAAUCCACCAAUGAGAUCACCUACGGGCUCCCAAUAAUGAUUACCCUCAUGGUAGCCAAAUGGACAGGAGACUUUUUCAACAAAGGCAUCUAUGACAUCCAUGUGAACCUGCGAGGAGUGCCCCUCCUGGAGUGGGAAACAGAGGUGGAAAUGGAUAAGCUACGAGCCAGUGACAUAAUGGAACCCAAUCUGACAUACGUCUACCCCCACACCCGGAUCCAGUCCCUUGUCAGUAUCUUGCGCACAACUGUCCAUCAUGCCUUCCCUGUAGUGACUGAGAACCGCGGCAAUGAGAGGGAGUUCAUGAAGGGAAAUCAGCUGAUAAGCAACAACAUCAAAUUCAAGAAAUCUAGCAUCCUUACCCGAGCAGGAGAGCAGCGCAAGCGGAGUCAGUCCAUGAAAUCCUACCCUUCAAGUGAAUUGCGCAACAUGUGCGAUGAGCACAUAACAGAGGAGCCACCAGAGAAGGAGGAUCUGCUGCAGCAGAUGCUAGAGAGAAGAUAUACUCCCUACCCCAACCUCUACCCUGACCAGUCGCCCAGUGAAGAGUGGACCAUGGAGGAACGCUUCAGACCUCUGACCUUCCAUGGCUUGAUCUUGCGCUCGCAGCUGGUCACCUUGCUUGUCAGGGGAGUUUGUUACUCAGAGAGCCAGUCGAGCGCAAGUCAGCCUCGUCUGUCCCAUGCGGAGAUGUCAGAGGAUUACCCCCGCUAUCCGGAUAUCCAUGACCUGGACCUCACGUUGCUGAACCCUCGCAUGAUAGUGGAUGUCACACCAUACAUGAACCCGUCACCGUUUGCUGUCUCUCCGAACACUCAUGUGUCACAAGUCUUCAACCUAUUCAGGACAAUGGGACUCAGACAUUUACCAGUUGUGAAUGCAGUGGGAGAGAUUGUCGGGAUAAUCACUCGGCACAACCUGACCCACGAAUUUCUGCAGGCAAGACUGAGACAACACUAUCAGACCAUUUGAUGCCCCUGCCCACCCUGCCCCACUGUCAGUGUGGCUACCUCCUUCUUCCAAGCCUGCACACGCGCUCGCAUUCUGUUUGGACCCCACAAGGCCCAAGAUUUGCCGUUUGGCUUCUCACACGCAUAUCAAGCCUGGGGAACUGGAAAACAUCUUGCUAGCCAGAGAAUUAGAGGAGCUGCCUCAGUCCAGAGCUGUUGACUGGUCUCAGGCACUUGGUUUGACCACUCUUGAUCCAAAUUCUUUCUCUUCCUGUGCCCCAGCUAUCUCCUUUCAUCAAAUGUUGUCUUAACAAUGUACGUUCUCCUACUUUGUUUUGGGGGGUUUUUGUUUAUUUUUUUUAAGAUGGUUGGAAAAAAGGAUGAUCUAGUUCCAGUGUGUCCUGUGCAGAGAACUGCAGCAUCUUUUCCCUGUCCUUCUCUGUGUCUCCCUUUUCCUCUUCCUCCCUUGUUCCUGCACCUGUUGCCUUAUUUGUGUGAGAAGGGGGUCACUGCCAAGGCUGAGAGGAGAUACUGCAGUUUGCAGUUUCAAGUAGCUGUUCUGGAGGAUAGCUUUUCUUGAAAGCAGUAUUAAAAAAAAGACUCUGGAAAUGCAUCUCGCCUUGCCAGUGCUCCAUUGCCCGUAUUUUUCCAACGGCUUGCUUUUUCUAAUUCCUCUCCUCCUUUCAGGGAAGGGAGUCACUUCUAUGACUUUUUUUGACAGCAGCUGACUUCUGAGAGCAUCUCAGUAAGUCAGGAAUCCAAAACUGUUCUGUUCCAAUUACUAUUUGGGUUUAUAAAUGUAUAGUACACUUGCAGAGCAUCUCAGAAGAGGGAGAUCCCUUUUUCCUUGUUAGUUGUUGCUGCUAUUAUCUCCCUGUAAGAGACUCUUGUAAGGCACUUUGUGGCACUCCACUUUGUCACUACCCUGACACUCCUGCAUUUCUUAGCAUUCAUAAGCGCUGCGUCCUUAUACUGAUCCAGCAGUGAGAGCUGAGGACACCUUUCUAGCUAGGGCUGUGGACUAGGGAACCCCACUUUGUCCAAGCAUAGGGAGGUGGUAGCGUUGCCUCCUGGAGGCAACUAUAACUGAUACCCUGUUUCUGGGCUUGGCUGACUUAUCUCUGUGUAGCGAGAGGAGCUGGUGUAACUUCAGGCUCCCGUAUAGGAGGGAUACUUGGUGCUGAUGACUGACAGGCAGGACUCUGCUGGGGGGUGAUGACUGGGGCUGUCUGUGGCUCUGAAAAUGCUUAGGAUAACGUUAGCAAUGGCAACAGCCGUCUGUUAGGGUAAAAUCAGCUCUUGAAAGCCAGUUGCAGCCAGUUUGGUGCUUUAGCAGGUACCAUCCUGGCCAGCACCUGUAUUGUUCCAGCAGGCACCUGCCCUUGUGAGUUUUGCAUACAGAUAACUCUCAGUGGGAAGCCAGCUUUGUGCCUCUGGGGGAUGUAGAACUGAUUGGCUUGAUAAAGCACAGACCGUUCUCUCAGCCAAGAGACUGGGCCAAGUAACAUGGGGAAUGUAUCCCUGGGAAAGCUUCUCUGCAGCCUCUGAGCAUUCCUAUUAACCUGUUGCCUGCCAUAAGGGGUCUAGCUAAAUGAGUUACCUGUGGCAGGAGAAAGUCAGACGUUAUUGUAUUUUCUAAAUUCCGGAACAGAUCUGUGCUGAAGGUUCUCUUGGCUAAGUGUAGGGAAGUGGGGCCCUUUCAUUAUGUGCAAGGUGCAAGUGUCAAGACGCUGAAGCUGUUAGAUCAGCCUCUUUGACUGAUUUUGAGGAAGCUGCUUGUUCCGGGGCAGUGCUCUGCAAGCUGCUGGCUGAUGAGCUCUACUACAGUUGGGGCUAGGUGGAGGUUUUGUGUCCAGGACACCAGCCAUGCUCUUGGUGUGGCUCUUUAAGUCACUUUUUGCCAUUGCAGAAUGCAGAUUGCCUGGAUGCCCGUGCAAUCUUUGCAAUCCAAGUAGCUGGGGGACAGAUCUAUUCUCUGGCUGUGCUUGUAGCAGAGACAGCUGAGUCAUGGCAUACAUUUUGUCCUGCAGAUGAGAGAGAGAGCUUGGUCCUGCAGGUAGUUCCUAAGGCUAAGUUUUAGGGUAUAAUUGGUCCUUCUAAUGCAGGGCAUGGCACAGCUCAGAUGGAAAGUUUGUCUUUAGCAAAGCUGUUGAUAAGUACUUUUUCUUUGUAUUCCUUCCCAUUGGUAUCUGGAGGCCUUUUUCUCUUGGUGUUCUUUCCUUCCUGCCCUCAUAUUGAAAGAGAAAUGGCAGAUCUCUGCUUUGAGGAAUGGAUGUUAAUGAAUAAUAAUAAAACCUUUCUGCAAAGGAAGGAAUGAGCUGUGGUACAUGCCGUGGCAGCUGUUGCAAAGGAAGUUGUGUGUCCCGGAACCCUUCUGUUAAUCGCGGGCACUUUCCAAGGUUGUUUGGGUGCUGGCCUACCUAAAGAGCAGGGAAUACAGCAUUCUUUCCCCGUUUUUACUGUGGGGCUUGCAGCAACAGCAUGUCUCCACCACUAAAAAUAUUUCUGCUGGUUUCUGAAAAUCCUAGUUCUGUUUCAGAUAGGGCAUGCCAGCUCUUAAACUCCUAGAGUAAAGUGAAGAUAUUUUCCUGGAAGCAGUACCUACCUUGUGUGUUCAACUUGGACUUCUUCACUGGGACAGGAGCGGCAUUGUUGUCAUGAGGACCCACCUUACUUAACAGAGAGAGUUCAGUCCCUGAAUAGCUGUGCGGCCCUUAAGGCAAGUCUAACUGUUUGGUUCUGAAUGGCCAUAGCAGUUGGAACUGGCUUCUGCUCUUGACUUGCAAACUGUUUCUAUGCAAGUUGAGUAAGGAUGUUUGUUUUCUCCGGUUAGUUUCUAAAGAUGACUUCUAAAGAGCCUGUGUUCUCUGGGCUCUAGUCUUGAGCUGAGCUACUAAAAGAAACUCCUAGUGCCCCUUUAUGCUCCCUGAAGGGGGACUGAGGGUUUGAAGUAUGCUUCUGUUAACCUUCCUUUCAUUCAAAGGGUUUGUGCUCUUGGGCAGUUACAAAUCACAGGAAGACCUGCUUUGAUGGGUUGUCAGAUCACCCUAAUGUGGAAUUACCUAUUCCGUGCUCUGAGUACCUGUCAAAAAUGCCCUAUGUCCCUCCAUGACAAAUCCUGUUCCUCUUGCUCACGUUGAGUCAUUGUGUGUGGAAGGUUCCUUCUUUCUCUGCACGUGAAUAGGGCUCCUUACGUUGUUUGUUACCUUGAGGCAGUCAUGUUCUGUUUUGUUGCUGUACACAAGCUGCGGCAGUGUAUUUUGCUGCCGGAUAUCUUGUCCUUACUGCUGGGGCCCAGAGUUAGGCAAUCCAGACAAGGCAGGCUGGAAGAUCUUGCCAAGGUUUGUCUGAGCACCAGCUGUGCUUUCCCAGUAGAAGGCUGCCUGCUGUCAAUACUGUCUGCUCUGCCUAUGCAUCCAUCUUACUCAAAAGUUUCAGCUGGAAAGCAAGCACCCCUUUCACUCUUUAAGUGAAGAAGAUUUAACUAAUGAUGGUGGGUGACUCUGAACUGCUUUAAAAGGAAAUCUUCAGUGUGCAAUUAAUUACUGGUGAUGUAGCUCUCAGAAAGGGAAUCGCUAGAUUGUGUGAUGUUUGAAGCCGCAGCACGUCACUUCUGACUAAGGACUGGUACAAAGGGUUGUGUAUUGGAUCAAUCUUGUUCUCACACUUAGCUGGUUGUUUAACUCCUUUCUUACAACAAACUAACUGCUUCUGUUCUGGCUCUGGCUGCUCAGUGAUUUACCAAGAAACUUACUUCUAACACAGGUGCCUGUAACCUUUUACUCAGAGCAACACUACAAGAAUAGUAAUCAAGAACUGGAUUAGUAUCAAUGGCAAAGAGUUAGGGGUAGUAUGGGGCGCUCUUCCCUGCCUCAUGGUUUCCUGUGCAGUGUUAAUAUGCAGUUUUGAAUUGUUAACUUACUGUGAGCCAUUCCAAUGGUAGCAAUUUACCUUUCCAUUUGUUUUUUGCACUGUUUUUUUGUUAUGAGAUGAUGUAAGCUAAUUCCACAGUGUAUAUAAAUUGUAUUUUUUUUAAAUUUGUAUGAAUAUAUUUUUAUUUGAACUAUGGCACUUGGGAAGUAUUCAUGUAACCAUAACAUGUCUGAGAGUAAAAUGUUUGUGUGUGUCUCCUUCA